UAUGCCGGCAAAUGAAUAAUUUAUCGUUGUAUGUCGAUUCGAGGCGCGCAUCCUCGGGGCUUGAGGGGCGCCCCGCCGCGGGGAGGUGAGGGCAGGGGUGAGAGGAAAGCGGCGGCCUUCCGUCAGUCCGCGCCGAGCGGCCGACCCAGCGUCAUGUCUGUGUGUGCGCCGCGCGCAUGCUGCCGGCCGCGCGCCCCGGCGACGCUACUCGACAUCACAGCAAAAAUAGUAGCCGCGACUAUACCAUUCCAACGCAUUGAGGAGCGUUACGAACGCAUCCCGGAGCCUGUGCAACGGCGGGUCGUGUACUGGUCGUUCCCGCGGGACGAACGGGACAUAUGUAUGUACUCGUCGCUGGCGCGGGCGCCACCAGACGACCACCGCAACAUUGCCUUCUGCCGCGGCCUCAAGCUGCUAGAGGCCGGCUGCGUGGAGAACGUGCUACAAGUCGGUUUCCACUUAAGCGGUGUUGUUCGCGCCCCGGCCACAGUCCCGCCGUGCUCAGAGCCAGAAAGACUAUACAGAGUAACAGUUUCAUUUGACAGAUGCAAAAUAACAGGCGUGACAUGCAGCUGCGAAGCACGAGACAUAUUUUGGUGUCAGCACGUUGUUGCGCUUGCGCUUUAUCGCAUCAGAAAUGCAGACUCCGUCAGACUCCGUGUGCCUAUAUCAGAAACAUUACUGCAAAUGGACAGACAGCAACUGCAGAAGUUCGUGCAGUACCUCAUAGCGGAACACCAUACAGAGGUGCUGCCGACCGCGCAGCGGUUAGCUGACGAAGUUUUGCAGGCCAGGUCAGCGAUAAACAGGAUCUGCGGGGCGCCCGAUCCCACCGCUGGGCCGCCUCCAGACGCGCACCACGCCUGGCAUUUAGAUGAACAGCAGGUCUGCGAACAAGUCCGUGCCUACUUACUACAGGGAACAUAUUAUAAUGCCAAUAAGCAACUUAAUUCACUAUUUUCAAAGGUUAGAGAAAUGCUCAGAGCGCAAGACUCGAAUGGUCCCAGGAUGCUUAUGUUGAUGACGGAGCAGUUCCUAUCAGACCCUCGGCUCCUGUUGUGGAGAAACCAAAACACUCCAAUGACGGAAAAAUGCAGGCAACUGUGGGAACAGCUCGGCGCUUUAUGGGUCAGCAUAGUCUUGGACCCUGGAAGCAAUAAGAAUAAUAGGAUGCAGUGGAGGAAUCUAUUAGAAAAGUGGUCUGCAGUGGAAGUGUGCCCCACUGAGGAUCCGGAUUAUAGGUCUUUCCCAUUGUAUGCAAGAGAAAGAGAAAGAAAUGAGAGAGAUCGCGACAGGGACCACAGGGACCGGGACAGAGAACGUCACCGAGACAGAGAGGAGAGAGACCGGGAGAGACUGCGGGAGAGAGAGGAGAGAGACAGAGAAAGACAUAGAGAGAGACAAAGAAGAGAGAUGCAUUCCCAUUCGGAAAGUUCCGAUGAAGAUUCUAGACCUAAUAAUUACGAACGUGAAUACAGGAGAGCUAGCAAGAGACUCCGGUUACACAACCAACGGGCCGCGCCGCAAAGCGCGCCGCGCACUGUUUUCCAUAAAGCAUUGGAUGCGGUUGACAUAUCCUGGGAGAAUGACCACCUAAAAAACAUUCUGGGCAGCGAUGAAUACUGCGACCCUGAGAAGCCCUCGGAGAAGGCAGGCGCCUCCGCCGCCGCUCCACAGCCCUACCCCAAGUUCAAUGACCUCGGACAACCUCUAUGGCAUGAGCACCUGCCGGUAGUGGGCGCUCGCAUCGAGGCGCUGCGGGCCACGGGCCGCGCGCCCGCCGCGCUGCGCCUCGCCGUCGCCGCCGCACGCGCCAUGCGCCACCGACAGGAGGUGGCGCAGCAGCGGUGGCACGAGGCGGGCGGCGGCGAGGCGUCGGGCAGCGGCGCGUGCGGCGGCGCGUGCGGCGGCGCGUGCGGCGGCGGCUGCGGCGCGUGCGGCGAGCGUGCGCGCCUCGCGCUCGUGCUCGCGCACAUGGACGCCGGCACGUGCACGCCCGCCGCCGCCACCUGCGCGCUCUCGCACUCGCAGCGCUGCAUCGGCAGAGACAGCCGAUGCUGGACGGGGUGGACGCUGGAGGCGAUCUGGUGCGUGUACGAGUGCCUGGCGGACGCGUGCCUGGCGCCCGAUGACCAGCGCGCCUCUCCACGCCUGCAUACCGCCUACCUCGACGAAGAGCCCAACACCGGUCUGCCGCCCAGGUAUCAACACGUUCCAGUGGCUGGCAGCAAAAACCCAGAGGAAACCUACUUAGCACUGGCUCUAGAGGCAGCGUUGUUGGGCCUCGGCGUGCAGAGAAUGUUACCUAGCGGACUUUACGCGCAGGAACGGUAUUGCAAACAGGAGGAGCGGCUGAUAGCGCAGCUGCAGCGCGUGGAGGGCGAGGCGGCGGGCGGCGUGUGCGGGCGCGUGGCGCGCGCGCUGCUGGCGGGCGGGCCGGCGUCGUGCCUGGGCGCGCGCGUGCACCCGCGCGCCGCGCCCGCGCACACCUUCGCGCGCUUCCUCUUCCUCGCGCUGCUGCCCACCGACCCCGACCUGGCCUACCGCGUCGGCCUGCGCGCCAUGAGGCUGCCGAUGGUCGAGGAGGCGUACGCGCUGGACGGCGCGGGGCUAGCGGGCGGCGGUGCGCUAGCGGGCGGCGCGGCCGGUGUGGCUGGUGCCGGCGCCUGGCAUACGCUGCAGCACGCCGAGCAACAGCAAGCUGCGCUCGCCAGCGCUCUACUAGGCGCGGCGCGCGGCAGCCCGGCGCGGCUGCGCGCGGCGCUGGCGGCGGCGCAGCGGCACGUGCGCUCGGCGGCGCAGCUGUUCCGCCUGGCGCAGGACGCGCUGCGCCACGCCGCGCCGCCCGACGCGCCGCACCACCACCGCGACCUGCUCGCCGCCGCCUUCGAGCUCGGCCUCCAGGUGUUGCGGAUGACGUUAUCUUCUGUAAACUGGCGGCGACGAGAAAUGGUCCGUUGGCUGGUCACCUGCGCCACAGAACUAGGAUUAGACGCGUUGCUGUCUAUCAUGCAAAACUGGUACGAGCUGUUCACACCAACGGAAGCGACGGGUCCGGUGGCGGCAGCGGCCAUGUCGCACGCUACCGCACUACGUCUCGGCCUCACCUUCGAGCAGCAGGAGAAACUCAGCGCCUGCGCACGAACGCUCGCCUUGCAGUGCGCGGCUAAAGACCCGCCGGGCUGUGCGCUGAGCGCGCUGUCGGUGUGCGAGGGCUCGGCGGGCGCGUUCGAGGCGGCGUGCGCGGCCGUGGGCGGCGCGGCGGCCCGCGGCGCGCUCGCCUCCAGCCAGCUGUUCGCCGUCGCGCGCUACAUGGAGCAGCGCGGCCAGCCGGCGCGCGCCAUGCGCCUCGCCACGCUCGCCAUGCGCAACCUGCACCUGCACUACAACCAGGUACGCUCGCCUCCAGCCAGCUGUUCGCCUCCAGCCAGCUGUUCGCCGUCGCGCGCUACAUGGAGCAGCGCGGCCAGCCGGCGCGCGCCAUGCGCCUCGCCACGCUCGCCAUGCGCAACCUGCACCUGCACUACAACCAGGUACGCUCGCCUCCAGCCAGCUGUUCGCCUCCAGCCAGCUGUUCGCCGUCGCGCGCUACAUGGAGCAGCGCGGCCAGCCGGCGCGCGCCAUGCGCCUCGCCACGCUCGCCAUGCGCAACCUGCACCUGCACUACAACCAGGACAGCCAUCCUGCGAUCGCAGACAUCCACUGGGCGGUUGCGCUGGCUCACUCGCUGGGUCGCGCCGAGCUGCAGGCGAUGUUACCGCUCCUCGUCAAGAACGUACAGUGUGCCCCUGUGCUGUCGGACGUGCUGCGGCGGUGCUGCGUGGCGGCGGCGGGGUGCUCGCGCGCGCGGCCGGCGCCGCCGCGGCCGCCGACGCCGCUGCGGCCGCUGCUGGAGGCGGCGCUGCGGGCCUACGCCUCCACCACGCACGCGCGCCUCGCGCACAUCUCGCCCAGGCACUACGCGGACUUCGUCGACUUUCUCGGCAAAGCACGUGACACGUUCGCACUCGCCCAUGACGGUCCGCACCAGUUCGCGGCGCUGUUGCAGGAGAUCAAACUCAAGUACAAGGGCAAGAAAAAGCUCAUGUUCCUCGUCAAAGAGAGGUUCGGUUGAAUGCCCACUCGUCCACCGACAUAUUAUGGCAUU